AUGGCCGAAACUACACAGCAACCCUCUGGUAGUUGGACCGACGCCUUCCCCGCUCCCCGUAUUACUGCGCCCUCCAUAUCACGCGAUGAGGUCUUGUCAGAUCUCUCGUCUCCCCAUCUCCUCAUCGUAGAUGUGCGGCGCACCGACUAUGAAGGUGGCACGAUAAGAGGAAGCAUCAACCUACCUGCACAUUCGUUUUACCUGAACAGGGGUGUCUUAUACGAUCUGUGCAGGCGCGCCGGCGUCACCAGAGUUGCUUUUUACUGCGGCUCAUCUAACGGGAGAGGGCCAAGAUGUUCGGGCUGGUUCGCAGAUUACAUUGCCGAAAAGGGCGAUGACCAAAUCAAGUCGUUGACCUUGGCUGGUGGCAUCAAAGGUUGGGUCAAGGCUGGCGAGCCUUUUACGCAGAACAUGGACGCCUUUGAACCAGAGUAUUGGAAGCAAUUCGCCUGAAAUUUACGAAAAAGCAUUGGGGUAUCAGUUGUAGGAUUGGUUACUCUAUCGGGUAAGAAGUUGGUGUUAUAAACAAUCCCUGCAAAUCUACAUUAUUUCCAACCACAGACCAGCAAGUGCCGGUCAUAUUGGUUGAUUCAUUCAUCGUCUGUAUCAUCAUCAAUUAUCCGUCUAGCUC